AUGGCCUUAGAAGAAGAGACGAGAUUCGAGAAUCCUGCACAACAUCAUUCACAAUUCGAAAGAGAAGAAGAAGCAGUAGAAGAAGAGGAGGAGUUCUCAAAUACCCUACUCAGAUCCGAUCGAAUCUCCACUACGAACACUUCACUCGAAUCUUCGCAAUCACAAUCCCAAUCCCAAUCACAAUCACGGUCAAAUCAACCCUCACAAUCCCAUUUUCCCAUACAAACUUUACCAAGAACCUCAAUAUCUGAAGCAUCGGCGCGGUCGGAAGAAGAAUUGUUAGAGCCAGAUGCUGCUACAGCUCUCGCAGAUUUACAUCCAACAGAUACAAAUAUGGAUUCACAGCCUUCAGGUCAUCGGCGGCGGAGGAGUAGCAUGAUGAAUAAUAUAGAUGGAAGUUUACGAGCUCCAAGAGCAAAGCGAUCACCCAGAACAUCGACAAUUGGAGUGGAUUCGAAAUCCGGAGAUAGAGUGUCAGACGACGAUUCGAGAUCAACUAGCGAUGAUAUGGAAUUAAACCAUUUCUCAGAAGAGGGUGAUUUACAAGAUGAUGAAGAGACGGGGUUAACUGCUAAAUCCAAAGCGAAACGAAAGAAGAAGAAGAUACGGCAUCAAUCAAUGGACCACAGAAUUGCAGGAGACAUCAAAGUAACAAAAGAUGAGAAGAAAGAAGCGGAUUGGAAUGUUGUGAGGAAGAGUUUAAUGAAUGGAGUUCUAAUAGGACUUUGGUAUACAUUUUCUCUAUCAAUAUCUAUAUAUAACAAAUGGAUGUUUGACCCAAAACAUCUCAACUUCCAUUUCCCUUUAUUUACAACAUGUAUGCAUAUGCUAGUACAAUUCUCUCUCGCGAGUCUCGUCCUUUACUUUCUUCCUCAAUUUCGACCUCGAUACGAUUCCAUCUCCAACCCUCAUAAUACACAUGUAUCGGAUUCAGAUAUGGCUCAACAUGAGGUGGAUUCGAAGAAACCGUUAAUGACGAGAAUGUUUUACUUUACGCGCAUAGGACCUUGUGGAAUGGCAACAGGAUUGGAUAUUGGUCUUGGAAAUAUGUCUUUGAAAUUCAUCACCCUUACAUUUUAUACAAUGUGCAAAUCCUCAGCUCUAGCAUUUGUACUUCUUUUCGCAUUCGUAUUUCGUCUCGAAAUCCCUUCAUGGCGUUUAGUCGGUAUCAUAUUCACAAUGACAAUUGGUGUGGUAAUGAUGGUAUUUGGCGAAGUGGAUUUUUCGACAAAAGGCUUCGUUCUUGUUAUAUUCGCCGCAUUUUUCUCCGGUUUUCGUUGGGGUUUAACACAAAUCCUUCUUCUUCGCAAUCCAGCAACUUCAAAUCCUUUCUCCUCGAUUUUCUAUUUAGCUCCAAUCAUGUUCUUUUCGCUUCUCGUCAUCGCUACCCCCGUAGAAGGAUUUCCCGCCCUUUGGGAGGGUCUUAAAGCUCUAGUAGAAGUAAAAGGUCCAGUUUUUGGUCCUUUACUUCUUCUAUUCCCUGGUUGUAUAGCAUUUUGCAUGACAGCUUCUGAAUUCGCUCUGCUGCAGCGUACAUCCGUCGUCACUCUAUCCAUCGCAGGUAUCUUUAAAGAAGUAGUAACAAUUUCAGCCGCAGGAUUGGUUUUCCAUGAUCCUCUCACCCCAAUCAAUAUUUCAGGUCUCUUCGUUACAAUAGGUGCAAUCGCAGCAUAUAAUUGGAUCAAAAUUCGUAAAAUGAGAGAAGAUGCUCAGAAUGAAGCACAUAGAAUUCAUGAAGCGACCGAAAGAGCGAGAGAAAGUGGGAGUGAUGCGGAUGGAGAAGAUGGAGAAAGUGAUUGGGAUGGUCAGGAAGGUAGUUAUGUUACGAGUGAUGGGGAUGUGCUACCCAAUCCAGAUAGAUUCCAAGUUAAGAAGGGGGAAAGCUCAAGAGCUGAACAUGCGCCGUUGGUGGGUGGGAGUUCGAAAAAGGAUUUGAGUGAUUGA